AUGCCUGUCCAUAGACAGUCUCCGGAUAGACCAUGGAAUACACAUCCUCCAGUAGCGGCCAGCUUGCAGACACAGGAGCGCAAUGCAGACGAAGAAGAACCGCAUGAAACUGGAGGCAACGCUGCGAAAACAGAGCCAACGGCGGAGAGCCUGCUAAUCUCUAAAACAUCGACCGCCGCGCAAUCGAGGUCGAGACGACGGAAGAGAACAGCCUUUGCUCUUUGGGGCAACGAACUCGCGGCAGCCCUUCUUGUGUGUGCAGCAGUGAUCGCAUCAUACGCGACUUUGACGCCCUACCAUGGCAAGUUUCUACCAGAAUGGCCCCGAUACAUAACGAUAAGUGCGCUCCUGUCUCUAUACUCGGUCGUCCUGCGGCUCGCUGCAACUUUCCUUCUGGCUGAAGGGCUUGCACAGCUCAAGUGGCGCUGGUUCAACAGAAGCGGCGGUGCCCCUCUGCGCGAUUUGGUUUUGCACGACAGUGCCACUCGCGGGCCCACAGGUUCUCUACGACUCUUAUGGAGGCUGCCACUGCCUGUGACCUGGCAAUGGCUCGGCUGCGUCCUGGUCGUCAAUGCACUCGCAGUAGGACCUCUUACGCAAUUGGUACUCCGAUAUGAACAGUGCCGAGUCCUCAUGGACGUCAGCACCCGCAGCGCCAGCAUUCCCCGCGCCAGCGUGUUCCUUGGACAAGGCAUACAUUCUGGAGCAGCAAUCAAUACUCUUACCCUAGCCGAACAGAAUGCUAUCAAUGCCGGAAUUUAUGGUCUCGGCUCCGUGGCAGUUGAUUGUGCCUCAGGAAACUGUACCUUCGCGCCAUACACAUCGGUUGGAUACUGUAGUGAAUGCAGUGACGAUUCUACCAGUAUGCAGUUUGCCAAUUUGAGUAACGGCGGAAUAUCAAGCUUCAUCCCCGGUGGCCUAAGCACCACCAACUUCAUGCCCGGAUCAGAUACUACCGCAUACUAUGCUGCAGGAGGUGGUUCCUCCAAUUAUGCGAUUGUCAUUGGACCGCCUCAUCUUGGCAAGGACGGCGCACUACAAGACUGCAGCAAUAAUCGCACCUGGGCAUGUCAAGGCUAUGCCGCGGCCACGUGUAAACUGAACCCUUGUAUCAGAAAUUACAAAGCCACCAUGACCGGGGGAAACUUCCAGGAAACCGUGGUUAAUAUAUGGAAUUUUUCUGCCACGGCUGCAGAGAUAUCUAUUGGUAGCGGCUACGCUUACUCGUCGAUUAACAAGUCGUGCCUCACAGUUGAACAAUCGUCGCAAUUUCGGGCCCUAGGUUACAAUCUAGAUGGCGACAGCCCCUGGCUAGAGUACAAUGGCUCCUUUGCGAACGGAGCGAACGACUCGGUGAUGCGGCCGAUAGAACGCUCUUUGAUGGACCGCGGAUGUCUCUUCGCAGUUGACAUGUUCUUCCGCCACGGCAUGUCGCAGUUCUUUGACGGAGCGCUCGCCGGCAACAUCACCGCUACUCUUGACUCGUACUCUCAUAUCCUUGGCUUCCAAGGGCCCCAACUGCUCCUCGCUGUAUACAACGGCGGAGAUAUCAGCUUCGAACGAACACAGGCCGUUUUCAACGAUAUCAGCUUAUCACUUACCAACUACAUCCGAACGAAUCCCUAUAGGUCGGACGCGGAUAAUUUCUAUCUCAACAGGACAAACCUGCCCGCACCAGGCCUCGCUUACACCACAAAGACAUGUCUGCAGGUUCGAUGGGGCUGGCUGGUCUUCCCAACCGCUCACGCAGCUCUAACCUUGGUUUUCUUCACAGGCGUACUUCUCAGCUCUGGAAGCCUGACCAACGAUGUACGAACAUGGAAAUCUUCGCUCUUGCCCCUUCUCUUCUAUAGCUCUUCGCUAUUAGAGACCCCUCCAGCCUCCCAGCACGUAAGUGAUUUGAACAGUGUGUCGGAAAGGACACGAGUUAGUCUGACGAAAGAUGAGGAGGGAAAUUUGGUGCUAAGGAGGCAGGGUGGUAUCGCGGAACGGGAUAAGGAGAUAUAG